UGGGGCGGGACGGGGAGUGGCGUGGGGCGUGGCGGCAGGUGUGGGGCGGCCAGCCAGGUGGGGAGGCAUGUCAUGGAAAACGGAGUGGAAUUAUGAGUCGUGCUUUGGUGGUGGGUACACGACUUGCGGUAUUAUUGGGAUGUUGUUGUGGGUGUUGAUGGGGAGGUAGGUGGGGUUACCUGCUGGUCCAGACGAUCUAACGAGGCACGUGCCCCUGAUGGCCGAAGCUCAGAGUUUAGUGGGCAAGAGGGGCUCCUGUGAGAGGGCGGAGUCACGGUGGCGGGUGCGGCCAGACGCACGAUUCAACCCAUCACGCCACGCCGGACACUGCCCAGCGAGAUCAAAUAUGAUUUUUAUUGAAUCAUGGUAUUCACUCAUAUAUUUACUGUCCAAUAUAAGGGUUAGAGAAGCAAAUGGACGAGAGAGGAGAAGCAGCGAGUGGUGGCACUAAGACGAGAGCCAUGAGCCCGGCGGUGCCCGGCAGGGGUUAUACACACCAGCGGUGGGUUCUCCGCUAACUUUGUAGAUUUGCAGACACACUGGGCGCGCGCUGCACUCCAUCGCAUCAGUCAGUCUUAGAUAUCUCUGGCGGUCGGUGCAGUGUAACCUCUCGCCGCCUCUCGACCCCAUCGGCCCCUCUAAGGCUCCUGCAGCUCCCCCCUGGGCCCACCACGCCCCGCCAGCCCAUAACUUGUCUUGCAGACCCAAGGAAGAACAUUAGUCUAUUACCUGUUACAUCCUCGGGGGAAGGUGUGACAGUGAAAGCCUGUUGAUGUGCCGUUAAGACGAUCGACAGAAUCAGCGUGGAUAAGAACCAUGACGGAGACACAGGGCUGCUGCUGCAGCUGUUGUCUUGUACCAGCCUAGCCUCCCCUAAGCCACGACCAGACCACCGGCAGCUGUCCUUUGCCUGCCCAGGUUCCUGGUGCCCUCUUGCUCGUGAGGCACCCAACCGGGGCACGCAGGCACGCCGGUGCACCACGCUGCCUGGAGGCUGCAGCAGGAGCUAAGGUGCAGCUUCACCAGAGUGCCGGUUGUUGAAAGCGAGGCCUUGUGAACCGCCGGCGAGUGGGGUCGUCCAGCUGCUGCUCUUCACCUCCAUUGCCGACGCGCCGCAGAGGCAACACUUCAGCAAGGUGACUGUGUUUGCUGAGGAAAAAAAUCUGUAGUGGAAUAUCUCGAAUCUGUGUGUUUGGCGUGUGGGCGGCUGAGUGGAGAAGAGUCGUGUUGAUGUGUGUUACGAGUGUACAGUGUUGUGUCCACCGAGUGUAUUAGUGUGCCGCCACAGGGAGGCUAAAGCCUGCCACACCGCCAUGCCCCACUGACGCGCCCACAACAUGAGGUAUGUGUCACCAGUGAUUGCGUCUCAUCACCCACACCUGUGUCCCGCCACCUGCGCCCCACACAGGUACGUGAAACUGUUACCGGUCGUCCCCUCACGUGACUGGCGACGCGAACACAAAGGACACCAACGCAUUUGCUGUCUGAGGUGGGCCACGUCUCGCCUGGGAACUGGAGACACACACCCCUGGGAGGUCCGUUGCCGCUUAGGACCCCUCGACGCCGACACCUCUGCCAUCCCGGGAGCCAAAAUGAUGGCCAAGUAGACACUGCACAUCAACAUGCAACUUAGAGGCACCAUGAUUCUAGUGCUGGUGGUUUGGCUGCUGAUGGGUUGGGUUCGCUCGCAGGAAGGCGGCGCAGACACCACCUCACGCCAGCGCCGAGCCCACCAAAAACGAAUAACAAUGAAGAAGCUCGCCGAUCGGGGCCUGAGUCUGGCCGAGCAGGAGAGGAUGACCAAGGAAAUCCUGGCUCGCCUUGACUACUACGCCAGCAGCACCGUCGCCACCAUCCCCACAACGACCACGACCACGACCACGAACCCCUUACACCUACUCCACCAUCGACAUCGCCACCACCACCAACUCCGCCCAUACAAUCUCCACCUGUCCCCUCGCGCGGCAAGGCUGGCCGAGGAGAUGGUUGACGAGCAGCCACCACAGGGCAGCCACCUGAGGUACUCCCAGGAAUUCUUGCAAUACGAGGAUUCCCCACCAGAGAAUGACUUACUGGCGGAGGAGGUGGAAGUGAUGGAAGAGGAGGAGGAGGAGGAGGAGGAAGAGGUAGAUGUGAUGCAGCAAUACAGAUUAGCAGAAGAGUUAGACGAUCUCACGAGAAAUAAACGAGAGAAAGUGGGAGCGAAGGAGAGGAGACGAUCGUGCAAAAACCGACGAAACGAACGAAGACAAGAAUGUCGAAAAAGAAGACAGCGAUGCAAGCAGCUGAGAUUAGUGAAGAGGAGACGGAAGAUGCGCUACCGAGAAGUAGAGAAGAUGCUCAACGACACCAUCCCGGUGUUCGUGGACCACAGCGGCAUCGAGUACAUCGACUGCUGCCCCUCGGAGCUGAAAAGUUUCAACAAGACGGUCGGAAAGAGCCGCUCGCACGAGACCAUGGAGAUCAAGCCUGGUUACGAAGCAUUCACUGAACGCCUGUGCUUGGAAGGUUUCAGGGACAAGGAGUGCAUCAUCCCCGGCAACGCCCUCCAGCCAGAGGUGUCGACUCGCUGCGUUCAGCAAUACUCCUACUCGCAGGCACUCGUCCGACCACUAAACUCCACUGAUGACGUGGAGUGGAUGGUAGGCUCCAUCCAGGUAGGGUCAGGCUGCUCGUGUCAGAUGAGUACCAAUCAUAAAAAGAAGAAAAGGAAGAGAAAGAGGAGAUGAGUGGAGGCAAGCGGGGGCCACAGCACGCUCCUGGCCCUCACGCAUCUGCUGCAGCAGACGACGCCCGGCUCCUCCCAGUGUGCCCUCGCCGCCGCUCUUCUGGACGACUAUUGUUUCCACACCGAGGCCUAAGGUGUUGGUGUGCCAAGAAACAGUCCCGAGAGAACUUCGUGUUAUUUACGGUAGUGACACAACCCAACCAGGACUAUGGCAUUCACACUUGGUACCACGCGUGCGCACACAUCCCAUGCUCACACACACACACACACACACACACACACACACACACACACACACACACACACACACACACACACACACACACACACACACACACACACACACACACACACACACACACACACACACACACACACACACACACCGCGUAGUGUAGUGGUUAGCACGCUCGGCUGACAACCAAGAAGGCCUGGGUUCGAAUCCCGGGCGCGGGGAGGCAAAUGGGAGAGCCUCAAUGUGUAGCCCAUGUUCACCUAGCAGCAAGUAGGUACGGGAUGUGACCCGAGGACUUGUGACCUCGCUGUCCGGAUGUGUGGUGUCAGUGGUCUCAGUCCUACCCAAAGAUCGGUCCAUAGGGUAACGGCUGGCUGGGUGACCAACAGACGACCCUAGGUGAAUCACACACACACACACACACACACACACACACACACACACACACACACACACACACACACACACUUCGCGGCCCAGUUCCUGCAGCAGUUCUGUGCCUGCCACCGAGUAUUGUAAGUGCGGCGCCUCGGGUGCGGGUGGCGCCGGCCCGCUGCUAAUGGGUGGAGGGGCGGCCGCGAUGAGGCUGGACGGCAAGGAGGUCUGAUAAAGACCCUUCUUGCUGGGCGGCCGCUCCACCCCCACCCCACCAUUACCUCAGCACGCAUCUCGUGCAGCUUCCAGCAAGCAAGACGAAUCAGACCGAUGUAGCGCGGAAUCUGCACACGACCCGGGACUUCGCGAGGCGCUCUUCACAGCCCCAUGCAAACAACUCUUUUUCAGUAUGCAAUAUGCUGAAGUUUUUUCAGAGAAUGUGUGCAAAGACCUUUCCUUUAAGAUUCAUGACGCGUUGACGAUCACUGUUCGAUGCUGAUAUGAAAAUUGUUACAAGACGAAUAUGAUGGUACCACUGGACUUGUCUUGGUGUCAGAGGUAAAUCUGCACACCAAAUAUGUAAUCUCUCUCUCUCUCUCUCUCUCUCUCUCUCUCUCUCUCUCUCUCUCUCUCUCUCUCUCUCUCUCUCUCUCUCUCUCUCUCUCUCUCUCUCUCUCUCUCUCUCUCUCUCUCUCUCUCUCUCUCUCUCUCUCUCUCUCUCUCUCUCUCUCUCUCCUUUUCUUUGAGUUCAUUUGCAACGAAUCCCUCAGCCUCUCUUGACUUGUGUAGAACUGACCUAUAUUUACAAAUAAACUGCCUAACAUUCCAUUCGACCAUAGAACUGGCAUAGAAAACUCCCUCACUGAAGGUUAAUUCAACAUUAACGCCACAGCGGUGCACGGUGAGGCGUUGUGUUCAUUGAUGUAUCACGGAGCACUCGCUAGCAGAAGGCCAAUGCGAUAUGUGACUUAGCAACGGUUGGCAGUUAGUGAGAGCUGUCUCCACGACCAAAGUGAAUUGAUAAAUAAUCAUAAAUAUCUUUGAAGUGAAUUUUAACUUAUGUACAAAUACUCAUAAUAUUGCAGCCCUAUAAAAAUGCAGCAGUCCUUUAAUACCCUGAACAAUAUUAUUCUGGAUUUACAAAACUAAUAAAGUUCGUCCACAUUCACACCUGAUCACGGCCAGCCUUUUUUUUUUUUUUUUUUUUUUAUAUGAUUAUACGAUGAUAUUUUACACACUGACAUAACAUCGUACAACAUCCUACUUUCAGUGCGACUAUGUUGCGCUAAACAGAACACAACUGUCUUUGGUCUUCAUCUUUAAGAUCUGGACUACAAAGAUCAGACGGAGGUUUACGAUUUAGAUCAGUAUUCCCAAACAUUUUGGCCUCUCAUCUCAACUACUUUUAAAAGAAUCUGAUGGGAGUUACUGGGGUUUUCAAUUGAGUUUCCAUAAUUGUAGUGACAGUCUAUCUAUGAUUCUGCAAAAUGAGGAAAAACACUCAUGAAAACACAAUCGAUCACAUCUGUGGCUCUUCGAAAAUAGUCCUAAUGAGAGAACAACGUGCUUAAGAAUACGAGUCCAUGUCCUUUCCUAAAUUAAGGAAAACGCAUCACCAUCAUAUAUCUCUGGCAGUUUUCUUUCUUAUUUUCCUAUCUAACUUUUUUUUUUUCGUGAAUGAAUCAUCUCGUCAUGAAUUCGAAACACAGUUAUUUACAAAAAACGUUCACUAGGAAGCUUCAGCAUAUUGCAUUACGUAGUGUGAACUGAUAUGAAGCUGGGAGGGACAGCCAGCCAGCGAGCGCCAGUGCCCUCCGCCUUGCCCCUUGGCGGGUGCAGUUCCCCGCCACAGCGGAUGGUGUAACCUACUCUUCUCACUUUGUAGAAUCUCAGAAUAAUAAGAUCUUAUAUUCAUUCUAGGUAGCAUGCUUUUCGCUAGUUAUGUAGUUUUACUAAUUGCUGUAUAAACUUGGUUUGUACAUAUGUUUCGAGUUCGACAUGACAAUCUUGUCUUUUGUAUCACGUAAGAUAGAACUAUAUAUAUUUUUUUUUUAUUUUAAUUACGAAUCGUUUAUAAAGGUAUUAACCUGGGCGUGGAGAUUCCCUCCCCUCCCCCUCCCUCCCUGUGUCCCAAUCACCGUCACCUUCUUCCCUGAGGAGAAAGAGGAGAAGAUACAAUAGUGACAUAGUCAUGAGGAGUCUGGAGGAAAAAUUAGGUGGUUUUAUAUCCUCCUCCUCCUCCUCCCCCUCCCCCUCCUCCUCCUCCUCCUCCUCCUCCUCCUCCUCCUCCUCCUCCUCCUCCUCCUCCUCCUCCUUAUCUCUCCCCUACAUCCUCCCCUUCUUAUCCAUCCUCUUCCUUCUCCUUUCAUCCAAGAUAUCUUUCAUAGUAACUAGAGAUUGCGAUGCCAAAGGUCUUAUUAUUCAUUUUUCACCAUGUGUGUGUGUUAGUAAGUAUAUACUCCUGCAUCCCUCCGUCCCCUUUCCCUCCACCCCCACCCCACCCCUCCACGGACCCCCCCUCGCUCGCCUUCCGGUCCGUGACUCUUGACUUUGACCCGGGACGUGGUUGUGUCCGUGCCAAGGUUUCUUCCCCUGAGUCAUGUCGCCCUCGGUUAGGUCAAUGAACAUAUCAAUAGGCAUCUCGUCCCUGCCACGCUACCGUCUGGCUUGAGAGGGCAAAGUGUGACCCGAUGUAUUGUAUUGUAUUGCGUGUGUGUGUGUGUGUGUGUGUGUGUAUGUGUGGGGGGGUGAGAGAGAGAGAGAGAGAGAGAGAGAGAGAGAGAGAGAGAC